AACGCUUAGCCAUACGCAUUCGCAUGACGGGCAUCACUUCCACUUGUGUGAAGGCAAAGUUUUGAUUUCUAGCAAGAAAAAAGUCCUUUACUUAUUCAAUUGUGCUAAAGCAAAUUCAAACAAUCAAGACUCACCAUGCCACGUAUUAUGAUUAAAGGUGGUGUGUGGAGAAACACUGAGGAUGAAAUUUUGAAAGCAGCUGUGAUGAAAUAUGGCAAAAAUCAGUGGUCACGUAUUGCUUCUCUCCUCCAUCGAAAAUCAGCUAAACAGUGCAAAGCUCGCUGGUAUGAGUGGUUGGAUCCUAGCAUCAAAAAGACAGAAUGGAGCCGUGAAGAGGAUGAGAAACUUUUGCACUUGGCAAAGCUCAUGCCUACCCAGUGGAGAACAAUUGCUCCUAUUGUCGGCAGAACUGCCGCUCAAUGUCUUGAACGUUAUGAAUACCUUCUUGAUCAGGCUCAAAGAAAAGAAGAUGGUGAGGAACCUGGAGAUGACCCACGUAAACUUCGUCCUGGAGAAAUUGACCCAAAUCCUGAGACUAAGCCAGCUCGCCCAGAUCCCAAAGACAUGGAUGAAGAUGAAUUAGAGAUGCUUUCAGAAGCCAGAGCUAGGUUAGCCAACACUCAGGGUAAAAAAGCUAAGAGAAAAGCUAGAGAGAAGCAAUUGGAAGAAGCCCGAAGACUCGCUGCUUUACAAAAGAGACGUGAGUUGCGAGCUGCCGGCAUGGGCGUUCGUCGUGGAGCACUCUCUCACAACCGCCGUAAGCGCGGGGUUGAUUACAAUGCCGAAAUUCCAUUCGAAAAGCAGCCAGCUAUUGGAUUUCACAACACAGCAGAAGAACAGUUUGAUCCUUUCGCACCGAAUUUCCAUAGACUCCGUCAACAACAACUGGAGGGUGAGCUACGCUCAGUCAAGGAAGAUAGAGAACGUAAGAAGGACAAGGACCGACUCAAGCAGCGGAAAGAGAAUGAAGUGCCAUCGGCUUUGCUACAAGGAGACCAACCGGCUGCGAAACGUUCAAAGCUUGUUCUCCCAGAGCCACAGAUUUCUGAUAGAGAUCUUGAGCAAGUAGUUAAAUUGGGCAGAGCUUCAGAAGCAGCCCAAGAUGCAGCUCGUGAGACAGGCCAAAGAGUCUCUGACACACUUUUGGCCGAUUAUUCCCUAACGCAGAGUGGGGGAUUACGAACACCACGAACUCCAGCUCCCGCAAUGGACAAAAUUUUGCAAGAAGCCCAAAAUCUGAUGGCUCUUACUCAUGUCGAAACUCCAUUGAUGGGUGGAGCUAACGCACCGUUGGUCAAUCCUGAUUUUAGUGGAGCUACUCCAAGCAAAGAGGGAGUCGCAACGCCAAAUACGCUGCUUUCAACACCAUUCCGCACUCCAGGUGGGGCUGCAGGUUCUGCCACCCCUGGCAUGUUGAGCAUCACUUCAGGAGCUACACCACGUACUGGAACUUUACCUGGUGCUACUCCAUUAGUACGAGAUAAACUAAAUAUCAAUCCAGAGGAGCCUACGGAAGUGAUGCAACGAACACUCAAGGAGCAGCUCAAAAGAGGCUUGAGCACACUUCCGGUUCCCAAGAACGAUUAUGAAAUUGUAGUACCAGAGGAAGAAAUGGAUACGGAGUCUGGAACACCCGGUGAAGGGGAAUUGGCCGGAACUUACAUCUCUGUUGAGGAUCAGGCUGAUAUUGACGCUCGUAUUGAAGCUGAGCGCAAAAAGCAAAGGGAGGCUGAACUGAAAAGACGGUCCCAAGCGUUGCAACGAAGCCUACCACGCCCUCACGAAGUUAACAAUGCAAUUUUAAGACCAGCCAAUUCUUCCGACGCUUCCCUUAGUGACCUUCAGAAGGCAGAGGAACUUAUUAAAAAAGAAAUGCUUACGAUGAUGCAUUACGAUUCAAUUCGCAAUCCAGUCAAUCUCUCAACAGAAAAAGGUGGUGGUCUUUCAAGGAAGAUUAUCGAGACUAGCCAAAAUUUUUUAAGCAAUAAUUCCUACCAAGAAUUUGAGGACAAGGAUAUUGAGCAGGCCAAGGAGUUAUUGAAAGUAGAAAUGGAGAAGGUAAAGGCUGGUAUGGGCCAUGGAGAUUUGACAAUGGAAGCGUACACUCAAGUUUGGGACGAGUGUUUAUCACAAGUGUUAUUUGUCCCGUCUCAAAACCGAUACACCAGGGCUUCCUUGGCUUCGAAGAAAGAUCGGUUGGAAAGUUCUUCUCGCCAUUUAGAGACGAAUCGAGCUCAUAUGGCCAGGGAGGCUAAAAAAGCAGCAAAAUUAGAAAAAAAGCUGCGUACAUUGACCGCUGGUUACCAGUCUAGAGCCCAGGCUUUGCAUAAGCAAACUCAAGAUUUGAUUGAUCAAGUGGAAGCUGCUCGAAUUGAGUUAGAUACUUAUUCCUUCUUAAAGAAGCACGAAGACGCAAAAGUUGCAGGCUUUUUGAUUAAAGUCAUAAUUGGGCUCAUUGAAAAAGACGCAGCCAUGCUUGAAAAUGAAAAUGCAAACGAAGCUACGCUUAAUCUAGUGUUCCAGCUUCAGAAGUUUACUCCCGAUUCAGUUAAAUAUGAACUUUCCUUGAGUGACGAUCUUGUUCGUCUCUUGGAACUCCAUGUGUCCAUUACUAUUCACCCAAUACUGGAGAAUUUAACGAAAACUCGAAAACUUAUGUCUAGCUUACUUAAAGCGUCAUCAAAUUGCCCGCCUGAAAACCGUUUGAAUCUGAUCCGGCUUUUAGGUUUGCUACUCACGCCCAGCUAUCAGUCAACUAUGGGAGAAGACAACAGUUUAACCUCGACUGAUAUCUUGGCGAUCUUUCUUUCGGCUGUUGACAAAGGCCACGUCGAAUUUAAUAGAACUAUCCUUCUUCAUGGUAUUGUUCACAGUGGCAAAGGAAUUCAUACAGUGCCCAUUUACGAACUUUUGGUCACUCAAGCUAUAGCUGCAAUGGCCAUUGUACCACCAAAUUAUGUUGCGCAAGCUGUUGCAAUUCUUCUUCAGUCAGUUAUCCAACACGGAUUCUGGGCUCAUCUAAUAUCCUGUGAUAUUCUCAGCUUUAUGGCAAGAUAUGGCUCAUCACAGUUUUGUGUGGAACUUGUUCAAAACUUGUUUCUUUUGUGUCCGUCCACACCAACGCCUUUUUCUCGACCGAUAUGUCUCGUCAAUCGUUUGAUUCCGUUGCUUUCGGCUUCUGGGCGUGCAAUCAUAUUGAAAUCCCAUCCCAUAGAAAAAUACCCAGAUUUGUGGGCCGCCAUUAACUGGACUUGUUUCUCCCCAGAACAAAAGACUGAUUUCCAACGAUGCUUACUACCCUCGGUAAAUGGUUCCCAGUUUCUAAAAGCUCAUGCUGUUCUUCGACUUCGUUCGAUUUGCACUUCUGGGAACUGUGCCAUCAUUCAAGAACGCAACGAUUUUUUACCCAGUUUAAUUAAGUUAGGAACGAUUCUACUAAACGGGCUCAACAGCAAAUCGGCUAAAGAAUAUCACCAACAUAUUGAACAUCUUUUGGUAUGUGCCUUGCGUGUUCUUCUUUAUACAGCUCAGCCCAGUCAGAAAGAGUCACAUCUUAAUCUUAUGCAAAUCUUAAAAGUGGCUUUGGAUAGCAAAUUUCUCACACCGGUUCAACUAGAUGCUACUGAUUUUUUAAGUAAAAUUGGCACACCAGGCGUAGCAGCAUCACCACAGCAGUUUGUUUCGAUAUCCUUCAAUAAAAUGUCUUUUCAAAGUGACAUUUCGAAACUGAUUUUUCAUCACCUCGUAAAGGAAGGUUACGAAAGUUCUGCUACUAGCUUAAUUCGGGAUUGCCCACACUUAAUAGAACUGAAACGUGUGCAACCACCAUACAAGCUUCCAAGGCUCAUGGGACCUUCGUUGGUGAAUUUAAUUGAAAAUUAUUUUGAAACCAAAGAAAAUAUUGUUGAGCAAUUGGAGCUCCUAGAAUCAGUUGUGUUUAGAGAACAGGAUGAUCUUCUGAACCUUACCAAAACUUUAGUUGAAAAUCUUAAAUUCCAAACUCCAUCAUCAUCCCAAGUUCAAAAAGAAACCUCUGAUGCAAGUGUCAAUACAGAUUUUGUAAGCAAAGAUGGUCUUCAAACUUGUGAUGCAAGUAUCAACACAGAAUCAUCUAACAAUACUCCAGAAACAUGUGAUGCCAGUGUCAACACAGAAUCAGCUAGCAUUACACCAGAAACAUGUGAUGUCAGUGUCAACACUGAAUCGUUAAGUACUCCAAAAACUAGUGAUUCAAGUUGUAAUACAGAGUGUGUUGGUAAUAAACCAGAAACAUGUGAUGCUAGUGUGAAUACAGAAGUUGUCUUCAUUCAAGAAAAUAAUUAUUCAAAUCAUCUUGCAGUUGAUAAUUCCCAAGUUCUUAAAGAAACCCAGAAUACCACCGAAAUACAUGAUGCUAUUGAUAGUCCAGAAGAUGUUUCAAACCAGGUUAUCGCUGAAAAAACACCAGCAACUUUGUCAACCGCUGAAGUUUCUAACCAUGGCUGUGAAGGAAGUGUCAAUACAGCAUGGGUUCUCAACAAUGUUCUUCAAGAAAAUUCACUGCAUUGUUCUGAACAAGUGGAAGUGUCUGCUGAGACCAUUGAUUUUUCCUUGGUCUAUGAUCGCUUGCUGGAAGACAAAGAGUUUCAAGAAAAGAUAGCUGAAAACAUCAACAAAAAGAAAGCUGAAGUUAUUUUACCUAGCAAAGGCAGUUCUAAAAGGGGAAACUUGGCGUCAUCACAAGAUCUGGAUACUGUUAUAAAAGCUAUUGUUGCAGAAACACAAGCAGAUCCUGCUUUUGAUAAUUUCCUGAAUGACUGUAUAGGUAUUGAUAGUGAAGAUCAAACUUCAGUAGGCACCCCUGAUAGUACAGCUCAAGAUGGAGAGUGUAUUGUAUCACAUUAUGAUGGAAGAAACCAAGAUAAUUGUUUAGUUCCUGAUAAUUUAGGAGCAGCUAUGAUAGUGGAGUCUUCAACCAUGGCACCUUCUAUUUUCACUGUCCAAAACCCUGAUUUAAUAGAAAAUUCAUCUGUGAUCAAUGGGUUGAACAGUGUUGCGAUUUUGACAUCUUCUGGGCAAAUUACGUUGGUUCCAACAAUUAUUUCGGCAAUACCUGCAGAUACUGAGCCUUCUGUAAGAGAGAAAAGAAAAAAGAAGAUUCCGAUUGUAAGAAGACCCGUAGCCAUUGCCCCCAAACCUAUCUUCACCAUCACUAUUCCCGCUCUGGACAGUAACUAUCAAUUUCCAAAUGCUGCUGGUGUAUCCGAAAUUAUCGAACAGAGGGUGGAAGACCAACAACAGCCUGCUGAUUGCAAUAUUGAAAAUAUAAACGUCGCGUCUAGCCCAGGUCCAUCAACAACAAAACCUAUGAAAGUUAAAUCUCGCCCUUUAGCAAAAAGUAGGCGGAAAAAAGUUUUAAAAACUACCAAGCCAGCGGAAGAACUCAUUACGCCUAGUUUAGCUGCUCUUCUCAAAAUCGCUCAAGAGUUCGGGUCUUCAGCUUCUAAAAAUAUUCCAGAUCAAGAAGCCGUAGGAGAGAAAGAGCCUUUGAAAUCCCCUGAUGUGGUUUUUGAUUCGCCUCUCCGUAAUUCGACCGAUUUCGUCACCACUCCUACUAGUACUCGACGACUAAGUCAUGUUCGCCAGCUGAAUUUUGGAGAAUCACCUGAAUUAUCUAACAAACCAGCUUCCCCGGCAGUUCGUCCGGAACGUUCUGAAAUUCCGUGGGAUCUUGCAUUGAGAAAUGCGAUUGCCGCUCCGCCUCCACCGGACAGUGAAAUUUUUGCGACUCCAAAAGGAAAAGCUAAACGUAGGAGAAGAAGUUCUCCAGCAGCUGUAAUUACAGCUGAAACAGAGUCCGUGGAAAAAAAUUCUCCUUGCGACCCAGGGGCUAGCACAUCAACAUCCAUUCCUCAACAAACUUCAUUUUCCGACUCUUCAACAACCACAGAGAAAAAUGUUACCGCUGAUGUUGUUUCAGAAGAAACGCCUCGACUAUGCAACAGUUCCGACCCCCAACAUGCUGAUCUCGUCGCUGCUUCCAUCUUACAUGAGAUGGCUAACGCUCCAGUGAUAGAAACAACUAGCGCCGAGUCUUUGAAACAGAUAGCUCUGGAAAAUACAAUAAAUGAACGUAUUGCUUCAGAGUCUAAUCUGCCUCAUUUUGGAAUGGAUAUCAUCAAUCGUGAAGAGCAAGUGAUUCAGCAACCGUUUCCAGUCCUCGCUACUCCACGAAAAGAAAUAACGGAAAAUGAAGCAGGUCUCAAUUCCUUAAAUAGUGUUGCCCACGCCAUGCUCUGUGAUGGUCAGAGCAAUAGCACCAGCUUUGGGGCAUGGGAUGGCGAGAUUCCACGAACACCCCAAAUUCGGCUGGAUCUUACUAGCUCAACCAGCCCAUUCCAAGUAUCAUUGACGAAAGGUUUCCGCUUCUUACCAACAGCGGAAUCCCCUAGUCUUCCUGUACCUGCCACUCCGUGCAUCGUCGAAGUUAAUUCUUCUAACAAUUCUAUUGAGACACCGUAUACUGGAUUCUAUCAGUUUCCUUCUGUGUUGAGCACCCCUAGGUUGGAAGCACUCCGUCAAGAGAUUAUGGAGAGUCCUGGUAAAACAUUGAGCACCACCGUGAUCAGCCCUACGCAGGUGGUUCUUGGCCGUCCAACUCCAUACUUUGUGCCUAGUGGUGAGCGGGCUCAAGGGCCUAUGAAUCAAAGUGCUACUCCAGAACACGUCCCUGAAAUAGACAAGUUGGAAAGAAGACGGCGACGUAGUUCGACUGAAAUGGAUCCCCUUCAAUUGGAAGAAUCAAAUGAUGCCAGCGAUGCCGCUGCUGCUUUAAUGUGUAAAGCCGCUGAAACUGUUGCCGCUGCGCUUCGGCCCCCUUCUCCGCUUCAAUCUCCCCCUCUGCAUCAACCUCCUACUCCACAUCAGCCUCCUACUCCGCAUCAACCUCCUACUCCGCAUCAGCCUUCUAGUCCGCUUCAGCCUCCUUCUCCGCUUCAGCCUCCUACUCCGCAUCAACCUCCUACUCCGCAUCAACCUCCUACUCCGCAUCAACCUCCUACUCCAUACAAGACCGAUCAAACACUUGAAAAUGACCUUAUAAAUGAAUGCCAGCGCCUCGAAGAUGAUCCAUGCAUAGAAAGGGCUAAAUUGCGUAACCACCGGCUGGUUGAACUCUUUGGUGAGGAUUCAACAAAUCCUAGCGAAAUUUUAAAAUCUACGCCAUCUGUUUCAGGGAAUGUACCUACGGUUGCACUGGCUCAGAGUACACCUAUAAUCGCCGAACAGAAAACAAGAAAACCAAGAAAAACUGCCAACAGUAAAUUGGUUCCUGGAGAUGAUUCAAUAAGCUCUGCCUGUGCUAGGGCACAGGUUUAUUCUUUGAGUCCUCAAGCUAAUCGCCGAAAGUCCCAACGACGCUCAACCAACUCCCAAAUUGCCACGUCAAGAGAAGACGAAAAUUUAAUCCAGGAAUUGUUGGCAUUAUCACGAUUAAACAGUGUAAUUGAUCCCGUAGCACAGUCUCCAUUAAACAAAAGGAAAAGGAGGUCGGAUUCGACGAACAGGGAAAAGAAUGCUUCGACUAUUGAACUCUCGUCUGAAAAGAGAUCAAAGCGAAAACGAAUUUCUAAUGUGAGUGUUGUGAUGAGUGAAGAGCAGUCUUUAGCCACGAACGAAGUCGUGCCAAUAUCUACAACGUCCUCCAGUUCACCAAAAGAAGAUAUCGAUGUUGUGUCAUUUGUCGAGUCCGUUUCUGAUAGUCCAACAAAGAACAAGAAAAGCCAGAAAACCUCUAAAGAAAAGGUGAAGUCUUCCACUAAAUUAAAAGCCAAGUCAACCAGUCCUAAUGUGAGGGGCAUGGCAACUCGAAGCACCCCAGUUAAACUAUUCAAAUCCUCGUUACCUCCAUAUGCUCGCAAGUGCGUCAGCUUUCGGCAGUCGGCUGGUGUCAAGAAAAUGCCAACGCCAAGGAAAGUACCGACGGCUGCUGAUGUCACCGACGAAGAAAGAAGUUUGGUAUCAGAUUCAGCUAAAAUUGUUGAAGUAAUCGACAGCAAUUUACCUGUUAGCACUGUUGUGGUCGAUGACGUUCAACCUAGUAAGAAUAAUGAUGGAAAAGGAGAAGACGAUUAUCAUAAAACCCGGUCAACCGAUCAGGUUUCAGAUACACAGAUGGAGACUUCUGUAACUUCUGAAAAUAUUCCUCAACCAUUGAAUGUAGAUCAACCAGAAAUAGUCAUGGAAGUUGAAACGUUAACUGAAAAUGCGCCAAAAGAACUAGAAGUAUUAAUGGAAUUCAUCGGUCAAGACGCACUUUCCCAACCAAAUAUCUUCGUUGCGGAUGCACCAGUAGAUUCCACAAGUGUGUUGUUAGAUAAAGCUGUUGACCAUGUGGAAUCUAGUGAGGAUAUCGUGGUUAGUGCUACUAGUGAAAACAGUUGUUUAGUGCUAGAUACACUGCCUGAAGGCUCAACGUUGUCCACCAACAGCUCUGUGCCGAACAGUUGUGCAGAAAACCCGGAUGAACGUAUUUGUAACUCGGAAACCACAAUGAGUCCUUUAUGCGAACAAAGACUUCCCUUGAUAGAAGAACCACCACUUGCUGUCCUUAGUAAAGCCUCUCCAGCAAACUGCGUUGAAUCCUCGUCACCUUACCUCGACCAAAAGUUGAAACCGACCCAGAAAUUAUCUUCUCCAAGCGCUAUUGCAUCCAAAGAAAAAACCAAUCGAGCUUCCAACACGAAACUGAAAAAUUACCUUCGAUUACAAAAUCUAAGCACCACGUCUCCUCAAAUCCAUCCUACGGUGAAUGACUUAUCUGUUUCAGAGGGAAAUUCAGGUACUCAGGUAAAAUCACCUGCUAGUAGUAAUCGUCAGCAAUUCCAGCCUCAAACAAAUGUAAUUAUGGACAAGGAGCUUGUAAAGAAAAUGAGGAAACAGUUGAGGAUGAGCAAGGAAAUAAAUCUCUACUCUCAAUGAAUAAUUACGGCAUUUUGAUACUAACGGUUAAUACUUUGUUGUACAUUGCUUUUUCACGUCAGAUUUGAAUUAAUAUUUAACAUGGAAAUUUUCCCUCUUGUUCGUCUUCAAUAAAGUUUUUACGACAUGAAAUCUA